AUGAUUGGGCAAGACUGGAACGAAGAAACAUUUAAGGCACGAUUAAAAGAGUGGACUCAGCUCGAACAUUUCAACACCCUUUAUGACAGCGAUGUCGACGGGUGGGAGUACUCGAACUUGGUGAGUAUUUUAAACAAAAAGACGAACACAAUGGCGCUGUGCUUUUCUUCAAGCGGACUUGUGUUUGGGUCUUUUCUGCGGAAUCCGAUUAUUCCACAGUUCAGAACUAUCGACCCAAACUUCUUCAUAUUCUUCCUCAAGACUCCCUCUGGACUUCCUGUGCCUGCAAAAUUCCAGAGAACUCAUAUCGACUUCAAGGACGAACCGUGCGAAGAGUCAUUUGUUCUUGGGGGUCAUUAUUUCUUCGACUUCUUUUCAAUUAGGCUGGAGUAUGAAUCGGUGAAGAACCACCAACAGAACAACUUAAGAUUUAAUGAGUACACCUAUAAGUUUUUCCAAGGAUUCUCGACGGACUACUUCGGUGUCAAAUUGGGGCAAUACGUCAACGUUGUUAGAUUUAUAUUUCUUCAGUGGUAUUAA